UCUCUCUCGUCCUCGACUUCACCAGCCCACCACUUUGACUUGAUAACCCACCAAACGGCUACCGUCAUAUUACAAUCGCUAUCUUCACUUGACAGUCAUACACAACCAUCACGUAAUCGUACGAUUCGCGCCGUCAUUGCAUCCAUAACGCGCCAUACGCGUACCGCCACCGUCUAUACUAUUCGCGCCCACCAGAAUCUUCAAUUACGAACAGCUUCUGCUACUGCGAAACUGUUGCGCACGUGAUAGAAAAACAAACCUUUAUCCAUCCCGAAAAGCCCCGCGCGGGCGUGUAGCGCAUAGCCAUCGCCAUGAGUGCCGGUGGUAGCGACCUUGACAAGGCGAUCCAGCAGCUCCGCGCAUGUCGUCCGAUUCCCGAGAAUCAAGUCCGAGAGCUAUGUUACAAGGCACGCGAGCUGUUGAUCGAGGAGGGCAACGUGGUUGGAGUGGAUGCGCCAGUGACGAUCUGCGGUGAUAUCCAUGGUCAAUUCCACGACCUCAUGGAGCUCUUCCGAGUUGGUGGAGAUGUACCAGAUACAAAUUACCUUUUCAUGGGCGACUUCGUUGACCGUGGUUUCUACUCGCUCGAAUCUUUCCUCCUACUUCUAUGCCUCAAAGUCCGAUACCCAGACCGGAUAACGCUCAUCAGAGGCAACCACGAGUCUCGGCAGAUUACAACUGUAUACGGGUUCUACGAUGAGUGUUUGAGGAAGUACGGCAGCGCGAACGUAUGGAGGUAUUGCUGCGAAGUCUUCGAUUACCUAGCCCUCGGCGCUCUCGUCCAAGGCGCUGCGACUUCUCUCCAAGCCACCGAUGGUCCCAUAGCCGAGUCUAGCAACGCUGAAAACAUGCCAGACAUCGAUCAAGACAUUGAGAUCGAAACGCUCAACGCUAACGGCGAGGUUAUGUACCGCUACGCACGCAACUCAGACUCCCAAUCAAGCGCCGCAUCACAAGUAAGCGCAAACAUGGGCUCUUCAUCCCCUGUCGCUCCAACACCUGGACGUGUUGGCCCUGCAGGAACUGGCGCAACUUCCUCCGCCAACGGCUCGGCUCGGAACGAUACAGGAGCCAUUCUAUGCGUACACGGAGGUCUAUCACCUCUCGUUGACUCAGUGGACAAGAUCCGUCUGUUGGACAGGAAGCAGGAGGUGCCCCACGAAGGAGCUAUGUGCGACCUCCUAUGGUCUGAUCCCGACGAGAUUGACGGAUGGGGCUUGUCGCCGCGUGGUGCAGGAUUUCUAUUCGGGGCCGACAUCGUCAAGACUUUCAACCACAAAAACGACCUCAGUCUCAUUGCUAGAGCUCAUCAAUUGGUUAUGGAAGGAUUUAAGGAGAUGUUCGACUCAACAAUUGUUACUGUGUGGUCAGCGCCAAACUACUGUUACCGUUGCGGUAACGUAGCUGCCAUUUUGGAGCUCGGCGAAGACGGAUCAAACGCCGGUUUCCAACGGAGGUCGAACGGAGAUAGAGCGGGUGGUGGUGGAGGCUGGGUGUUAGGCUCGAAUGCUGGACCCAACGGCGAGAGGAGAUUGAGUUCUGUACUCAACGACAAUUUUCAGAAGAAUAGAGACGGGCCGGGACGGCGAUACCGGGUAUUCGAAGCCGCUCCACAGGACUCACGAGGCAUGCCAGCAAAGAAGCCAGUGGCGGACUAUUUCCUUUAAAGAACAGAAGGCGCAUGAGAACGCUUUGAAGUUAAUUCUGUCAACAAGCUUGGGCGUCUGGAGUUUGUAACAAGGAUUGGAGGAAAUCGAAUGACAUGCCUGACUAUAUUGCGAGGCUAGCACACUGCCACUC